AUGAUUGAAGUACCAGUACCGAAAGAGCUGACAAAGGAGAAUGACCCGUUGCACAUAAUCAAGACUCGCGCCCAGACUCAUGGCCGUCCGGCUACUAUAGCUGGGCCAAUGGUGAGGUAUUCAAAGUUGCCAUUUAGACAAACAUGUAGGCAGUACGAUACGGAUAUAGUUUACACACCCAUGAUUCUAGCGCGUGAGUUUGUAAGGAAUCAGCAGGCUAGAAUUGCGGAUCUGACUACAAACAAAAAUGAUACACCCUUGAUCGUGCAAGUAGGUGUGAACAACGUUGGUGAUUUGAUGAAGUUCGCUGAGAUGGUUGCCCCAUUCUGCGAUGGUAUUGGAAUUAACUGUGGGUGUCCUAUCAGAGAACAGAUACGGGAAGGUAUCGGCUGUGCGUUGAUCUAUAACCCAGACUUGUUAUGUGAAAUGGUUAAAAGUGUCAAGAGUAAGUAUGGUGCCAAGUUAAGAUUGGAGACAAAGAUAAGAAUUCAUGAUGAUUGGGACGUUACAGUUAAUCUGUGUCGCAGAUUAUGUGAUAGCGGCGUUGAUUGGAUAACAAUUCAUGGGCGCACGCGGACCACAAGGUCAUCACAACCAGUUAAUCUUGAAGCUAUAAAGUACAUUGUAGAUAAAAUCAAAGACAAGAAUGUACCUGUUGUGGCUAACGGAGAUUGCUUUACCAUGAAAGAUUUCAAACAUAUUAGCGAUUAUACAGGUGUACAAGGCGUAAUGGCUGUGCGCGGUGUGCUUGCAAAUCCUGCACUAUUUGCAGGCCAUGAUAAAUGUCCCUGGGGGUGUGUCGAAUGGUUUUGGUACUGGACUACCGAGUAUAACACCUUGCCGUUUGCAUUAACACAGCAUCACCUAUAUUGUAUGCUGGAAAACAUGGGUAUAAGACGUAAAUUACUCAAGGAGAUGAUGUUGCAAAGGAGCUACCCAGAACUUUUAGACUGGUUUGACACAAACUUUGUUAUGCAUCGACAUGGAGACAAAGAAUUUGGCACCACCAUUGAUCCUCAACUGAAGACUAACUAG